AGCAGGAACUUACCACUGCUAGAAGCAGAAGUGAAAACCAUGCAGAAGUGAAAGCAGAGCCCAGAGUUGUCUUAGUUCACUCCCUGCAGAGGACUCCAGAGCACACAGCAGCACAGACAUGGAGCCCCUCUCCUUCCAGGAAUACAUCUGUUCCCUGGACCCCACCACCCUUCCCCGCAUCCUCAGGAUAUGCUCUGGUGUCUACUUCCAAGGGUCUGUGUAUGAGAUCUCAGGCAAUGAGUGCUGCUUGUCAACUGGUGACCUGCUGAAAGUCACAGCUGUCACACUGCAGAAGGUUGUCUGUGUGAAUGUGCACACGGGGCAGACAACGGAGCUGCUGCCAACAUUUAAAGGUCUUUUCCAGCCUGCCCCAGAUCUGGCGCCAUGCCCCACACCGCAGGGACCCUUCCUGGGGGUUGGCAGGAAGAAGGGCCUGACGCUGCACCAGGCGCUGGAGUGGAGGGGCAGGCAGACACAGCCCCUAUGGUGCCCCACCAUUGGCCCCCACGCCCUGCUCCUGAGCCCUGUCUAUGAGGUGCAGGCCACCAUGAACCUGCGAAGGGAUGAGGUGAAGAUCCCCUCCACACUGGAGGUGGACGUGGAAGAUGUGACAGAGGAGUCACAGGACGUCCACUUCUCCCGGCCACUGCUGCUGAGCGAGGUGCUGGGGAUGGAGGAGGUGCUGCCGACACAGGCCGAGAUCCUGGAGGGGCCCCACAGUGCCACCAUCUUUGAGAGUGCCUGGGUCCCCCGCCUGCGGAAGGGACAGAGGCUGCAGAUCCACAGCUGCUCCCACACCUGGAGGGUCCUGGCCUCUGCCCGCAGCGGCACUCGCCGUUUCCUUCUCUCCAGUGCCUACCAGGGCCGUUUCCGCCGGCGGCCCCGGCAGUUUGCAGGGGUGCAGGAGCUGGCAGCCAGCCUGCAGCCUGGCCAGCAGCUGCACGUGGUGGUAACACAGGACUGUGAGGGCUGCGAGGACGACGUGCCCCCGCUCAGUGUGGGUGACCGGCUGGAGGCCCGGCAGCUGCUACUGGCUGGUGCCAGCACUCGGCUCCUGUGCCUCCGCCAUAGUGAGGAGGGUGAGGAAGAGGAGGGCGAGAAGCUGCUGCUGCCACUGGAUCUGGGGGGCAGCUUUGUGGAAGAGGCAUGUGACAGCAAGAAGUACAGGCUGACGGAGUUGGUGGAGCUGCUGCCUCUGCCAUGCGACGUCCGGGUGGUGACCACGGACCCAGCGCUGGAGAGGGAUGUGCUGGGUUCCUUCCCUGCACUGCGGCUGGAGGCCCGCAUCACCCAGCCCUUCCUGGUCAGCAGCUUCUGUGAGGAGCCAGAUAAGGGCUUUGAGAUCCCGCCCCAGUGGCUGGACCUCUCCCUUGUCCUCACUGAGGAGCCUGUCCACUCCCAGGCCCCCUCCACUCACUGCUCCCACGUGGAGGAGCUGACCGAGGCCUUCUACUACAAGCUGCUGGCACAGCUGCCAGGUGGCUCAGCCCCGCCACCCCCACGGCCCCCCAAGCCAAAAGCAGCCAGUAGAGAUGUUCAGGUGCAGCCAUGCCCUGCCCCAGAGCAGAAGGACAGGGCACGUUCCAGGGGAAAGCGCUCUCUGGACCCCAGCCCCACCACCAGCUCCCAGACACGCCUGGCUCCUCCACUGCCGCCGCCAUUCGUCCUUCCCCAGAAGGUGAAGAGCCUCACUACCCAUCGGAGCACCCCCAAUGAGUACAGCCCACGUCCCCGUCUGCCGGCAGCUCCCCUGUCCCGCAAGGCUCCCAAGGACACAGACAUGGAGAGAAGCAGCGAUGAACAUGACUACGAAGUCAUUGAAGAAGACAUUCAAAAGACAAUUCACAAAAUGCAGACUGUUUUUCCUUUCUAAUCAUCUGUCCAGCCUCUGAAUAUUCUUAGAUCUUGUAUUAAAUUAAGGCUACUAAAUAGUCUAUUAAAGAAAGGCUAAAUACAACCUUAGGGGUCCACAGCACAACUUCCAACUGCAUCAAUGAUGCAAAUAAUGUGUCCCCCUUACCUUAAAUGCAUCCUGGUCUGCAUAAGCAGAGGAGUGGCCAGCAGGUCAAGGGAGGGGAUUGUCCCUCUCUGCUCUGCCCCUGUGAGGCCCUACUAAUGAAGACUCCAGUCCUGUGUCCAGGUCUGGGGUCCCCAGCACAAGAAUAAUGUGGGGCUGUUAGAGUGGGUCCAGAGGACCAUGAAGAUGACCAAGGAGUUGGAGCACCUCUC